GGUGCAGCCCGGAGCCGCUGUCGCCUCAAGCCGCCGGCGCAGAUGGAGGGAUGGAGACGCGCAGCGUCCGCCGGCGCCCGCUGGCCCCCCGGCUGCUGGCCCUGCUCGGCUUCGCCGCAGGUGCCAUGUCCGCCCAGCCCGGGCCCUGGCCCCUGCCGGUGAACGGGCUGCAGGGGGGGUCGGUGCUGCUCGCCGCCGCGCUGGCCCCCAACGCCAGCGUCAGGGAGAUCGAGUGGAGCUUCUCGUCCGGCGCCGGUGCCACCAUCCAGGUGGCCGAGUUCAGCCGGGGCAGGUUAGAGCGCCCCGACCCCGGCGACCGCUUCAAGCAGCGGCUGGAGAUGUUCAACGCGACGGCGCUGCGGAUCUGGGCCCUGGAGCCGGGCGACAGCGGCAUUUACGGCGCCCGGGUGAAGCUGCACCCGGCCGUGGUGCAGGAUCAGUCCUUCAGCCUCUCCGUCUACGAGCCGGUGGGCGCCCCGGAGAUCGACAGCGAGCUGCUGGCGUGGACACCCCAUGAGUGCAACGUGAGCCUGCGGUGCCGGGCGCCGGCGGGCCGCGACGUCCACGUCGCCUGGCUGCUCGACGCGGCCCCAGGCCACCGGCCGCCCGCCGAGGACCGGCUGGAGGUGCACGUCGGCGCCGGUACCCUCAAUGCCACCUACACCUGCGUGGCCAGCAACCCCGUGCAGCAGCGCAGCACCUCCGUCCACCUGCAGACCCUGUGCCGGGACGGCCCCGCCGCGCACGCCUGGAGGCGGUGGCACGUGUACCUGGCGCUGCUGCUCGUCGCCGUCGCGGCCGUGCUCGCCGCUAUCUGGCUCUGGAAGAAAAGGCGGAAGAAGGCGGCUGCGGGAGGCACCCUCGCCGCCAGCUCCGAGGAGGAGGAGGCCCCGCUGGAGCCGCAGUACGCCCAGAUCCAGCGCCGAGAGCCUCCGGCAGCCGGCAAGCGGCGCCCCGAGCAGUGCAGCCACGUCUCCACCAUCUACGACCAGGGCGGAGGGAAGCUCCAUCCCCCGGCGCGGCUCCCGCACGGGGCAGGACCAUGCAGACCUGCCGGCGGCAGGCUGGAGCGGCCGUGGCGCAUCGCCAUCUCCUCUUCGCCCCCUCCCUGCUCCGUUUCCCCCCCUUCCUUCCUCCUCGCGCGGCUCCAUGCCAAUCCAAUAAAUCUGGAUGAACCACAGAGUGCCUCGUCAUGCGGCAACGCCGGCCACGGCUCCCGGAGGGCAGCUGCCGCCUCCCUUCGCGACCAGGGGCCACAGUGA